AUGAGACAGCCUUCUACUUCCCCACAACUAACCCACACCCAUACACACCCGGCAGACCCACUGCACAUCCCGACCACAAGCGCCGACCCCGAAGGCCUGGUGAUCAAAGCAGUGCUCUCGGGCGACUACCCCUCUGCCAUCCAGGCGUGCUUAGACACAGGGAAGUUAGUAGAGGCCCUUGCUAUAGCCUCGUUGGGAAGUGUGGGUCUGUUGCAUCGCACACGCCUGCAGGUACUCAGCAAGUCCGAGAGCAACCUCAACCGUAUAUUGCACUCGGUGUGCAUGCAGGACCUCAACGCAUUGGUGGUGAACUGUGACCUUGUGGACUGGCGCGAGUGCUUGGCUAUGCUGUGCUACCACGCGUCUGCAGAUCAG